GCUUUCAUGUACAAAAGCGGUUUACUUCCUUGCUCGCGCUUUUUUUUAUUUAUUUAUUUUUACGUUACGUUUUGCCAGUAUGCACUGGCCUCAACUCGUAGUGCAGUUAAAGGAUUUUUAAAAAGCCAAAUUUAUGAACGCAAAAGUUGCAGAAAUUCCUAGGUUUUUAUACAGAUACAUACACACCUGUAUAUAUAGAUAUAGAUGUUUCUUUAGCAGACUACAGAUAAAGCAGCUGCCCGGCUAGCAGCCAGGCAGAGAAGGGCAAGCAGCUGACCAAGAGCACAAAGAUAAACGAGUGUAACAGUAGUUGAAGGUUUUGGGAAGUUUCCUGUUUUCCAUUUGCGAUGACAGGUGGAAGGGAAGAGAAAGAGAGGCUGAGAGCAGAAGAGACAGAGUAGAACCAGAAAAUAACAGAGUUAGAGCAAACCAGGCUCAGUGAGGGAAAGGAGUCUGGUUAGAAACUGUGCAGUUCCUGUGGCGGAUGAGGCUGGGGUUGACUCACUCCCGUGGAAGGCUAAUGUCAAACUGAUUAUUCUUCAGGUAAAAAAAAAAAAAAUCAGACGGGAAUAAAGAGUUCACUGAAAUGUGAGAAUGGCCAAUUCUUUAAGAGGUGAAGUGUUGAAUCUAUACAAAAAUCUGCUGUACCUUGGAAGGGAGUAUCCCAAAGGAGCAGACUACUUUAGAAGCCGUUUGAAAGCAGCUUUUCUAAAAAAUAAAGAUGUGAAAGAUCCUGAAAAAAUUAAGCAACUAAUUGCACGAGGAGAAUUUGUUAUAAAAGAGUUGGAGGCUUUGUACUUUCUCAGGAAAUACAGAGCUCUGAAACAGCGCUACUACAGUGACGACAAUCAGUAACUGGUGCUAAUGACUUUGCAUGUAAUGAUACAAAUCCAUAAACAAUAAAAGAGCUGUAACCUCAAAAGACACGAAACGUAAAUCCUUCCAACCCAUCUAAA